GGUGACGUGGAGCAGAAGGUCUUCAGACUAGUUGUCGAUCCGGAUCAACCGGAGCUGAUCCCGCAGCUGUAGGAGACAUUUACCGUCUCUGUGUUGUUGUGAAGGCCGUAAACAGGUCGUGUUGUGUCGGGUAAACUCCCCGGAUCCCCGGUAAAGCUCGGUAAAACCCGGUAAACCCCGGUGAAGCUCUGCAGAGCUCCAUGGCCACAGCGCAGGAGGCCAGCAGGCCGUUCGCAGGACUGUCCGAUGUCUCCAUCUCGGAGGACAUCCCGGUGGAGGGAGACAUCUCCGUCCCCAUCGGCUCCUCCAGGAGGGACGAUGAGUUCUCCACGCUGGACGAACCGGUGAAGGAGACGAUCCUGCGGGACCUGCGGGCCGUGGGGAACAAGUUCAUCCAUGUGCUGUACCCGCAGAGGAGCUCCGCGCUGCUGCGGGAUUGGGACCUGUGGGGCCCGCUGCUGCUCUGCGUGACUCUGGCUCUGCUGCUGCAGGGAGGAGCUGCAGACAGCGAGGAGCAGGGAGGCCCGCAGUUCGCUGAGGUCUUCGUCAUCGUCUGGUUCGGCUCCAUCAUCAUCACCCUCAACUCCAAGCUGCUGGGCGGCACCAUCUCUUUCUUCCAGAGCCUGUGCGUGCUUGGUUACUGCAUCAUGCCUCUGACCGUUGCCAUGGCAGUGUGUCGGAUCGUCCUGAUCGGCGGCUCGGGCACCGUCAGCUUCGCCGUGCGGCUGGCGGUCGUCAUCGCCUCCUUCAGCUGGUCCACCUUCGCCUCCACGGCCUUCCUCGCCGACAGCCAGCCGCCCAACCGCAAGGCGCUGGUGGUCUACCCGGUGUUCCUCUUCUACUUCGUGAUCGGCUGGAUGGUCCUGACGUUCUCGCCGUCGCAGUAGGAGACAACUGGAAGAACCGGAUUUGAGUUUGAACUGAUAGUAAAAGAGUGACAGAACUCAAACCAACACCAGAAUCUGCCUUUUUUUGGACGAAGAUGAAUGACUACUGAACUUGACUGUGAGUGUUUCUGGGUCCUGAUGAUUAAAAAAAAAAAGAAGAAAAUAAGUAUUUUAGACUCACAGGACUCUUUUCAGGAGGGGGAAUGACCAAGUCCAGUUGGGAGACGAGGGGAGGGAGUAAAAAAGCGGAUGAAUAUGUUCAUAUUUUUCCAGUUUUGUCUCCUACAUGAUGUGCAAAAAUAAAAGUCUGAAGGCUUGUAAAUAGAAAACGCUCAAUGAAUGUUUGAGGAGCAAAAAAAAAAAAAAAGCAGGGCUACAAUUAUUCUUUUGUUAUUCACUCGGGACGUGUUUGACACUUCAUACAGUCUGAAAAGCAAAAUAGAAACAUCCACUGGAGGCGGCAGCUUGUAUCUCAACAAGUAAACUAACUAUAUUUACGUUUUCAGCUCAUUUAUCGUCGGUCUAAAACAACAGAAUAGGUUUUAUUUUUUAAUAAUUCCCCCAAAAAACGACAUAUAUGAGUGUUGUCAGCGCCCUCUAGUGGACUGAUGGGGACCAGACGAACGCACCCACGGGACAGUUUUAUAAUUUAAUGUUUUAUGGUGUGACAGCGCUGUGGUUAAGGUCUGAUUAGGUAAAAAUGAGGGUUUGGACACCUGAGUUACAGCGAAUCACGACAUAAAACAGCGUUGAAAUUAACCCUUGUGUUGUCCUCCCGGGUCAAAUUGACCCCGUCUGUUUUGACUGUUCCUUCAUUCCUCCCUUCCUUCCUUCCCUUCCUUCUUUCCUUCCUCCAUCCCCCUUCUUUCCUCCUUCCUUCCUUCCUCUCUUUCUUCCCUCCCUCCUUCUCUCUUUCUUUCCUCCCCCUAUCUUCCUCCCUUCCCUCUUUCCUCUGUCCUUCUUUCGUUCCUACCUCCCUUCCUCUUUUCCUUUUCUCCUUCCUUCCUUGCUUCUUCCCUCCCUCCCUCCUUCUCUCUUUCUUUCCUCCCCCUACCUUAGUCCCUUCCUUCUUUCAUCUGUCCUUCUUUCCUUCCUUCCUCCCUUCCUCUUUUCCUUUUGCCCUCCCUCCCUCGUUCCUUCUUUCCUCCCUCCCUCCUACCUUCCUUCCUUCCUUCUUUCCUCUGUCUUUCCUUCCUUCCCUUCCUUCCUUCCUUCCUCUUUUCCUUCUUUGACUCGAGGACAACAGGAGGGUUAAAGGUGUCUUUCACAGGAAUAAGACACUUUUUUUUGCCUUUUUUUCAUGUCUGCAAACUAUCCAUCCUUUCUACCUCCCUCCACCUGAUAGGAAAUCACCUUUUCUUUUUCCUUUUUUUAACAAUGUUUUAUUGGCUCUGAGGUGCAACAGCACACUACAGAAAUAACACUCAGACAGAGCAGGUAUUUCCUUCCCAGUUGUCCCAGUUUCCCUCGAACCACGACUAUCAUGUUACUCUCUGGUUAGCUCCCAGUCCCUGUUAGUCCUCUUUGAAAAGAGUGAGUAAGGUCCACGUGGAAGGUUUAGCGAGUUUGGUGUGAAUUUAAAUUGAAUUAAAUGUAAUUAUCACAGGUAAAGUAAUGAAAGUAGGAGGAGUAAGAGGAAUCACCUGUCAUAAUUACAACGACCACUAGAUGGCGUAAAUGUAACUAUGAGUCGUUUUCCAGCCUGAAUUUUCAACCUAUUCUGUGUUUUUUUUUUUCAUUAGAGGACGAGUUGUUUUAUGUUUGUGGUUUUUACUUUAAUUAUUUUAAAGACUGUACGCAGCAUGACGCUCUUCUUUAUUUCCUGUUUUUUUUCUUCUUUUCCUGAAUAGUUGCACAACAAAAGUAGCUGAAUAAACCACCAAAUGCUAUUUUUUUUUUCUUUUGCUGUUUGUAUGCGACGACAAAGCCGACAACAAAAUGAAAUGCAUCAGCAAAUAUUACAAAUCAUCGUCAUUUGUAGAAUAAAAACAGGCAUUUAUACACAUUCAGGGGAAUUUCAUGCAAAAAGACAAAAAGACACCAGACGCACAAAUAAUAAUAAUAAUAACUUUAACUUAUAUUGUAAAUUUCAUACAUGAGAGAUGUGAUACACAGAACAUGGAAAUAAAUGAGGAGCACAAACAGGAACAUGAAGACAUAAAGGAUUAAACUAAGACUUAUAAAGAACCAUUAAGUAAAAUGACAGAACUGUAGGUGAAGUGAAAAUAUACUAAAAGUUGAGUGAGGCUGAUGUAAUUUGAUGCUAUAACUAAUUAUUCUUUACAUGAUUGAUUAAUUGGCUAAAUAUCAAUUAAUCAUUUAAUCUUAACAUCAGAAAACAGUUAAAAUGAAAUCAGGUUUCUUUUUUCUGUCUAAAAUGAGGAAAAACAGCAAAUUUUUACAUUUGAGAAGUUUGAACAAGACAAUUUUUUACUACGAAUAACUUCAAAUUAUCAAAAAAUGCUAUGUUUCAUGUCAAAAAGUGAUGUCAUCAAAUGUCUAAUUUUGUCCGAAAAACAGUCUAAUAACAGCAAAUAUUAAAUUUACUUCCGGAAAGCAACUAUUCUGAUAAUAAAAUAAUCGUUAUAGUUGGAUUUUUAGCGAAUAUACCAGAAAUGAUCUAGUUUCAGCUUCUUAAAUGUGACAAUUUAAAGCUUUUCUUUCUCAUACAUGAAGAUAAACUGGAAAUAUAAAAACAUUUUCACUGUUUUCUGACAUUUUAUUGAUUAAAUGAUUCAUUAAUAUGAGAAAAUAAUCAACAUUUUAAUCAAUAAUGAACAAUAAUCAUUAGUUGCAACCCUUUAAAUGACUUUAAAUAAAUAAAGUUAUCAAAUUAGUUGCUGAUUAAUUGUCUGCCUCUAAUAUUCGUGUCCAGUGAACAUCGAGGCUGAUUCACACACUACUGUUUGCAUUUUUAACAUUUAAUAUAUUUUAUAUAUCUAUUUUCGAUUUAAGACAUCGUCACGUGUUGGAUGUUGAUUCUGUAGUAUUAUUAUUAUUAUUAUUAUUAUUAUUUCUUUUCUCAAAUUAAACUUUUGAUUCAGAGCCAAAAAUCCUAA